AUGCCUAUGCCAAAAACUAUAGGGCACCAAGUAGAUUUUGGAAAAUCAUGGUUAGGAUUGAUAAAGCAAGGUUUUUGGGAAAUUCCAGGAGUGAUGUGUUCAUCUAUAUGUGCUCUGGUUGGGAUUGGCCUGGGAGUGGCUGGACUGGACCGAUACACGAAAAAUAAUGGUGAUAAUAGAGAAUAUAAAUCCACUUACAUGAUUAUGAGAGCUAAUGAUCCUAGAGUAAAGCGGCUAAAAAAUCCCGUCUACACGAAGUAUUAA